CGCUAAUUAGAUUACAAAUAGUCUGCUAUUUGCUUAUUAUGUAUUUCUUCCUUCGACGUGGUUAAGAGUUUUGUCAUCGAGCUUUAAAUUGUUUUUUGUUUCAUAGAUUUUUAAAGAAAACCAAACUAAAUCUAAACCAAACCGAACUAAACCGAACCAAACUAAACCCAAACCGAACCCAAACCGAAGCUACUUUGGUUUUAAUUAGGUUGAGUUUUAUUAAACUCAAAUUAACCAAACCAAACCGAAUCCGAAACUAAACCGAUAUACCCACCCCCUAGCCAAAACUAGUAAUUGAGUUGAAAGCUGAAAAUGAGUAACCAUUCCUUUGCUAGUUGCUUGCGGGAUUGAAUGGGGGUCUUGUUUGGCACACCUGCUAUUUUUUUGUUUCUGUUUUGAGUAUUUUUUUCCUUUCUUUCAUUCAUUUCAUUUUGAAUGGUUACUUUACUUUUAAUUGCUUUGUGUUUCAUACACUGUAUUGGAUAAUUCGUUUCUCUUUAGAUUUUAGAGUAAUAAAGUUUCUGUUUGUGGCAAAAUACAAUCCAUCUUUUUGCUAUAGAUGGGAAAAUCUUGUAAAAGCAAUGCAAGGUACAAUGAAGGCCUUACAUUUUUGGUCACUGGAGUUGAUUCGUAAGGCUAAAAGAGUAGGGCACUUGGAAAAAAUAUUCGAAAUUCUUUGAUUCUUUAUGUUUCAAACAUCAAUGCAUAAAAUGCAUGCUACUAGCCACAUAACAUGUUCUUAGAGAAUAAUAAAUGCUUGGUAGUUAAAUGGCUAGUGGCUACACUAAAAAGCCACAUGUUCAUCAUAUAUGGUUAUUUAUUUUGAACUAUAUAUUUGUGCGACUCUUACUCUACUUGAAUUCGCUUAAUUAUAAGCAUCAACACAAACGUCUACAUUUCGAAUUACUUGUAUCGCGAUGGAGAAGCAAGAAGCAGAACUCAUCUUUAUCCCUUUCCCGAUCCCUGGACACCUUCUCGCCACUAUCGAACUCGUAAAACUAAUCCUCACCCACGGCCGUCGUCGGAUCCACACCAUCACCAUCCUCCAUUGGGGUUUACCUAUCUUCCCUCCGUCUGACAACGACGCUUCCCUCCAGACCCUAGCCAAGACAGAGUCUCGCAUCCGUAUCGUUACCUUGCCCGAGCUCCAAAACCCUCCACCAAUGGAGUUCUUCUUAAAAGCUCCCGAAUAUUACAUUCUUGAAUUCGUCAAGAAAAUGGUUCCUUCGGUCAGAGACGCUGUCUCGACUGUCUUGUCUUCCUCUCGUGAUGGUUCAGACACGGCUCGUGUCGCGGGUAUUGUCCUCGACAUGUUCUGCGUCCCUUUGAUGGAUGUCGGAAAUGAGUUUCACCUCCCUUCUUACAUUUUCCUCACUUGUAACGCCGGAUUCUUGUGUUUGGUGAAACACGUUCAGGAGAGACACCGUCGCGUCAAAUCGGGAUUCGACCGGAGCUCCGGCGAAGAGGAAAAUAUUGUUCCUGGAUACGUCACCUCUGUUCCCACGAAGGUUUUGCCACUUGGUCUGUUGACAAGCGAACCCUACGACACUUGGGUCGAUAUGACCGAAAGGUUUCAUGAAGCUAAGGGCAUUUUGGUGAAUUCAUCUAAAUCUAUCGAGCCUAACGCUUUUAGUUAUUUCGAGAGUAUACCCGUAUAUGAUUACCCACCCGUUUACCCAGUGGGUCCGAUUCUCUACUCCAACGAUCGUUCGAUUUUGGACCCAUUGGAGCGAGAUCGGGUCAUGACGUGGCUCGACAAGCAACCCGAGUCAUCGGUAGUGUUCCUCUGUUUCGGGAGCUUGAUGAAUCUCCCCGCAACUCAGAUCAAGGAGAUAGCUCAAGCUUUAGAGAUCGUCGGCUGCAAAUUCCUCUGGUCUAUUCGAACAGACCCGAAGGAUUAUCCGAGCCUGAGCGAGAUUUUACCGGACGGGUUUUUGAACCGGGUCUCCGGUCUGGGCUUUGUGUGUGGUUGGGCUCCCCAAGUUGAGAUUUUGGCCCAUAAAGCGAUCGGAGGUUUCUUGUCUCACUGUGGUUGGAACUCAAUACUCGAGAGUUUGCGUUUCGGCGUUCCAAUCGCCACAUGGCCGAUGUUCGCGGAACAACAAUUAAACGCGUUUACAAUGGUGAAGGAGCUUGGUCUGGCGUUGGAGAUGCGUUUGGAUUAUCUGUUAGCAGAUGGAGAAAUAGUGAAAGCUGAUGAAAUCGCUAGAGCCGUCCGAUCUUUAAUGGAGGGUGAGGAUGUGCCUAGGAGGAUACUGAAGGAGAUAGCUGGAGCAGCAAAAGAGGCUGUGAUGGACGGUGGAUCUUCCUUUGUUGCAAUUGAUAGAUUCAUCGACAAGGUGGUGGUAUCUGCUAUGGACUGUUCCAAGUCUAGAUAAUACUAAAUCAUCUUACAUUUACUCCCUUUAUUAUUAUAUGUAUUAUAAAUCAUUACUACGUUUAUUAUUAAUUCAAAGAUCAACGUGAUAUAUUAUUA